AUAUACAGAGCUUUCAUUUCUCUUAGUAUAUGUUCUGUGAAGUUUCGCGGAAGGCGGCUUGUAAACUAUUCGAUUUAGACGAAAUAAUAACAAAAUAUAUACAUUAAUACCUUAAUACAUUAAUACAUUAAUUGAUGCCUUAAUAUAUCGCAGUAUAUUAUCUCUCGGAUAAUUCCGUCACAGUAACACGGUUAUUUCCACGAUGAGUCAGGAUAAUCAGGAUAAUCAGGAUAAUCAGAAUAAUCAGGAUAACAACGAACCUCUGAUAAAGAGAUAUAGAAGGGAAGAAGAAGAAGAAGAAGAUAGUCCUUUGGAUACAGAUGAUGAUUAUGAACCAUACAUAUCUGUCAAGCAUCGUAAGAGGCAGCUACUCUCGAAAUUGGGUAAACUCGGUCAGUUAAAGGAGGAAACUAGCAAUGGUGUUGGGAAGAGCAGCAGCGAGAAUGAGAAGGACGACGCUGACAAUGACGAUGGACAGGUCUGGGGGAGGAAAUCUAAUAUUUCUCUUCUUGACCAACAUACUGAAUUAAAGAAACUGGCCGAAGCCAAGAAGGAAAGUGCCAUGGAAAAACAAUUAAAAGAAGAAGAAAAGAUCCUGGAAAGUGUGGCUGAGAAUAAAGCUUUAAUGGGUGUGGCUGAAUUAGCCAAAGGUAUUCAAUAUAAAGAUCCUAUCAAGACUAAUUGGCAACCACCAAGGAUGAUACUCAAUCUCGGUGAGGCACGUCACGAGAGAGUUCGGAGGAAACUGAGGAUACUUGUAGAGGGAGACGAAGUACCACCACCAUUGAAAACCUUUAAAGAAAUGAAGUUUCACAAAGGAAUUUUAUAUGGAUUGGAGCAAAAGGGUAUUAUCAAACCAACUCCGAUCCAAGUUCAAGGAAUACCUACAGUAUUGUCUGGUCGUGACAUGAUCGGUAUAGCUUCUACUGGUAGUGGUAAAACAUUGGUGUUUGUUUUACCUAUCAUUGAAUUCUGUCUGGAACAAGAAAUCGAUAUGCCAUUCAUUAAAAAAGAAGGGCCCUAUGGUUUAAUAAUAUGUCCUUCGAGAGAAUUGGCUAAGCAAACUUACGACAUAAUUCGGCACUACACCAAUAGUUUAAGACAAGCUAAUUGUCCGGAAAUACGCUGCUGUUUAGCGAUUGGAGGUGUGCCGGUUUCGGAGUCGUUAGCUAUAAUUAACAAAGGUGUACACAUAAUGGUAGCAACACCGGGACGAUUAAUGGAUAUGUUACAUAAAAAGAUGGUCACUUUAAGCGUAUGCCGUUAUCUCUGUAUGGAUGAGGCGGAUCGCAUGAUAGACAUGGGGUUCGAAGAAGACGUGCGAACCAUAUUUUCAUUUUUCAGGGGUCAGAGGCAAACACUUUUAUUUUCCGCUACUAUGCCAAAAAGAAUUCAAAAUUUUGCGCGUUCGGCUUUGGUGAAACCUGUAACGAUAAAUGUUGGCCGUGCUGGCGCCGCAUCGAUGAAUGUGAUACAAGAAGUGGAGUAUGUUAAGCAAGAGGCGAAGAUCGUUUAUCUCUUGGAAUGUCUUCAAAAAACCGCACCACCGGUUUUGAUAUUUGCAGAGAAGAAGCGUGACGUAGAUGCAAUCCAUGAAUAUUUGCUUAUAAAAGGAGUGGAAGCUGUUGCGAUACAUGGAGGAAUAGACCAAGAGGAAAGAUCACGUUCAGUUGAAGCCUUUCGCGCGGGUCAGAAAGACGUGCUUGUUGCGACAGACGUUGCAUCGAAAGGUCUUGAUUUCGCCGAUGUUCAACACGUUAUUAAUUACGACAUGCCGGACGACGUAGAAAAUUAUGUGCACAGAAUAGGCCGAACUGGUCGUUCCGGACGUACUGGUAUAGCAACAACUUUCAUCAAUAAAGCGAACGAUGAAUCAGUAUUACUCGAUCUUAAACAUCUGUUGAUGGAAGCAAAACAAAAAGUUCCACCAUUCUUACUGGAACUCUGCUCAGAAAACGAAAAAUAUCUCAAUUUGGGAGAUGAACAUGGCUGCAGUUAUUGUGGUGGACUUGGACACAGAAUCACAGAGUGUCCAAAACUGGAAGCUGUACAGAAUAAACAGGCAUCUAAUAUUGGGCGUCGCGAUUAUCUGGCUAGUAACGCCGCCGAUUAUUAAGCGACGCUUUAAAUAAAAUUGUAUUGUAAAUAUGUACAUAUAUAUAUGUAAAUUUAUUUCUAUAAUAAUUGAUAAUUUUUAAUUAUGAAUAGCAAAAAAAGAAAAAAUAAA